AUGGCGACGCGCAUCCAGGCGCAGUACCGCCGGCGCAACAUCUCCAUCCUGCUGACGGCGAACAAGACGAACGGCAUCGUCGGGAAAAUUUACGCGAAGCAGAUCCACAUGCUCGCCGCGAACGCGCGGUCCAUGACCAAGGCCGGCGACCAGGCGCUGCGCUUCGACGCGUUCUGCCUGCGCUACUUCAAGGGCAUGAGCGGCUCGACGGAGCGCGCCCUCGCGUACCUGAAGAUCUUCCUCAACUCCGUCGACGCGCUGUUGAGGGAGACGGACGCCGAGGGGCUCCCGCUGUCGCCGCGCAUCGCGGUCUUCGCGGAGAUGGUCGGUAUCGGCGUCGACACCUUCAACGGCCGCCUCUUCCACGAGUACGUCCUGAAGGUGCUCGCCGCGCUCUACACGGAGCGCGAGGCGAACGAGCUCCUCGCGGGCGUCGACGGCGACGCCGCGCCCGUGCCCGCGGCGAAGAUGCGCGCGGCGCUCUGGCAGGCCAUGCCGCCGGCGCUCCGCCAGUCCGACGCCGUCAAGGCGCGCAUCUCCCAGGCCGUCGACCGGGCGCUCGUCGCGCCGCGCUUCAAGCGCCUCGUCGACCCGGACCUGGCCAUGUACACGGCGCUCGACCUCUUCAAGGCCGCGGACCUGUGGCACGCGCUCCGCCGGAAGCGCGCCGCGCUCGUCAUCCAGGCCUACGGCCGGGUCUACGCGCAGCGCCGCCGCGAGAAGCGCGCCGCCGAGGAGCGGCUCUCGAGCUUCGGCGCGCGCCUCAUCAAGGACGCGCCCGCGAAGCCACCGGGCAGGGUCCCCAAGAAGCCGAGCAGCGCGGGCCGCAAGAAGCGGUCGCGGCCGUCGAGCCCCGGGGAGCGGCGGUCGCGGCCGUCGAGCCCCGAGGACGGCGACCCGCGGGCCGGCGCGCGCAAGGUGCUCGCGCCCAUCAAGGCGCCGAACGCGCCGAGCCCCAUCUCGCGGAAGCCGCGCGUCAAGUCGCCGAGCGGGUCCAUCGCCUCGUUCUGCGGCAUCACCAUCUCGCCGCGGAAGAAGCUCGACGAGGCCCUCUGGAUGGACCUCGAGCUCAACGGCGGCACGGACUCCCUCAUGUUCAACUCGAAGCUGCCCAAGUCGAAACGGCCCGCGGUGCUCUUCUCCGCGCUCGACUCAGCAAUGGCUCGUUGCGCGAUCCUGGUAGCUCUCGCCACGGUCGGCUCGGCGUGGCACGCGCCGUCGCCGCGCCGCGCCGUCCGGUUGCGCGCCGCCACCGACGAAGUCGUCGGCGACGCCGUCGCGCUGCCGGACGACGAGCUCUGCGACGUGCUCGCCGGCGACCCCAAGUUCCGGGCCCAGCGCGAGGGCCUGGGGUGCCUCGUCGUCGAGGGCGGCCUCCGCGACACGGGCAACCCGCGCGGGCGCCUCGUCCAGGAGUGCGAGGAGGCGGACAUGGGCCGCGACCUGAAGCGCCGCGGCGUCGUGCUGUCGCACGUCGAGGCGCUCGAGGCGAGCAACCCGACGCCGGAGCCGCUGGCCUCGCCGGACCUCAACGCGCGCUGGCGCCUCAUCUACACGACGUCGGACUCCAUCCUCGGCACGAACCGCAUGCGCCUCUUCCGGCCGCGGCCCCGCAUCCUGCAGCACGUGAACGCGGCCACGCUCGCGGCGUACAACGAGGAGUGGGUCCUCGGCGGCCUCCUGCGCAACUCCGUCAAGGCGACGCUCGAGCCCCGGGGCGACGGCCGCACGGUCGACGUCCAGUUCAAGCGCUUCGGCAUCGGUUGGCUGAAGAUCCCCGCGCCGAAAUCCGCGCGCGGCGUCCUCGAGACGACGUACCUCGACCCGGAGCUGCGCAUCUCCCGCGGCGACAAGGGCAACAUCUUCGUGCUCGUGCGCGACGGCACGUCGAAGGUGUAA